ACGUCCGAUCAACAAACAGAAUGGCCGUCUACAACGAAUCCCGCCUGAACUACGUCUGGCUGGCGUGGUUCGCGCUGUCGAUCCCCAUCAUUCUUUUCAUCGAUGCCCUCCACUUCUACCCUUCGUCCUGGUACUCCUCUCCCUCCGCCCCGCUACACAUCUUCCACCUGGCCCGCCAAGAUUACAUCGCCCAAUACAACGACCCCAUAAUACAGUGGUCUCCCUCCACCUCCGUCCCGGGCUCCCACGACUCCUGGAUCGGCCUGUUUUUGUAUCUCGAAUUCGGCUUCACAUUGCCCGCGGUGCUCUACGGAUUCUUUCUGUUGGCAGUGAAAAGAAAGGGAACCACGGGACGGGAUGAGCUCCUUUUCCUCGUGUAUGCGCUGGAGACGGCCUUGACGACCUUGGUGUGUAUCUACGAUGUCGGGUAUUGGGAUCCGGCCGUGUAUAGCGAGGAGGCGAAAAGGACCAUGGUUUUGCAGUUCUUUGGACCGUGGUUUUUGGUUCCCAGCAUUAUGGCUGUUGACAUGGCUAGGAGGAUCCUGGGGAGGAUCAAGGUUGCUGACGAGGCUAUGGAGGAGAGGCAGAGGAGAAAGGGGCAGUAAAUCCAGACUCCCGUGGUUCGAUUUCCAUGCCGUGCUUGUUUCAAGUAAACCGAGCAACCAUGCUUUCAACAAAUUGAAGGAUCACACACAUGGCCGUCCGAAUCAUGCAGUAAAU